CCUGGUAGAUGCAGGAUAUACCAAUCGCUUCUGCGCUGAGAUUGUGUCUCAUGCUUCUGAUCGCCCAAAUCGCCGUUACGGAUUGAUCUUGCGUUGUUCCCUACCGCUAAUUAUAUAUCUGCCUGAGACGUUGCAGCCAUGACGAGACCACAGAUCAUUCGUGCUGAUACCAUUGACCUUCAAAGUCAACAGCAAGAAGCCUCAGCUCAGGACCAUACACGGCAACAGACGCGUCCAGCUGGGCCCGGCCGACCAGCGCCCCACCAAGAACAGUCAAUGCGCCAUGCAGAACGUGAUACGAGAGGAGAGAUCCAUAGCGCGGGACCAGGCGACGAACAUCAAAAUGGAGUGGAUAUCUAUGACGAACCAGAUGAGAUGGCCUCAGAGGACGGAGGAAAUGGAAAUUACGGCAAUGGCGCAGGUGGAGGAUCUGCGGAGGAGGAAGAGCUUGUUGACGGAGAAGGAGACGACCUCCUGGACGACGAUAUGAUGGAUAAGAUUUCGAGUUCUCCUUCUAUUGACGAUGAGGAUAUCGAUUUCGAGUUUGUCUAUGCGCUUCACACGUUUGUUGCGACGGUCGAGGGACAAGCAAACGCGACAAAGGGAGAUACCAUGGUCCUGCUUGACGACAGCAACAGUUAUUGGUGGCUCGUACGUGUUGUUAAAGACGGAAGCAUUGGUUAUCUUCCGGCCGAACAUAUCGAAACACCAACUGAAAGACUUGCCCGGUUGAACAAACACCGGAACAUUGACCUCUCGGCAACAAUGCUUGGGGACAACCAUGAAAAGUCCAAAAACCCUCUCAAGAAGGCAAUGCGCCGGAGGAAUGCCAAGACAGUCACCUUUACAGCUCCCACGUAUGUUGAGGCAUCUGAUGUCGAAUACUCAACAGACGAGGAACAGGAUGAACAUGAUUAUUUCGACGACAACGUGGAAGUAUCCAGCCGAGAUGCCCAAGAUGUGCAUGAAGAGCAGGAUCCCGACAUUGUCGUCCAACCUUUGAGGCCAAAGCAAUCCAAGGAAAAGACAGCUGAGGAGAUUGAUGCCUCGCAAGAUGCUCAGGAGUCAGAUCCUACAACUUCGGAGAAUCCCCGGACAAGCGAGGAGAUGCUUGAUGCACAGGAGCCUACGGUGAGCAGAUCCAGAAAUGGAACCGUGCGAAACACGGAUUCUUUCUUCAAAGACGACAGUGUAGAAACGAAGAAGAUAUCUCUUACACCAAACCUUCUGCGGGAUGACUCGGCUGCAAACGGUCUUUCCACUGAGGCAAAAGAGAGUCGUGAAAGCAUGGAGAGAAUUGAAAAGGAGCUGGCUGCGGGAGACAAGGACAAAGAGAAGGACAAAGACGAUAAGAAGCGCAAGGACAAGAAGUCCGGUAUGCUCAGUGGCCUUUUCAAGAGGAAGGAUAAGAAGAGCAAAACGGCCGAAGAUGAGGGCGAAGAGCACGGGAAAUCCUCUGAGGAGCUCUCUCGUUCGUCACCACCGCCGAAGACAUCGUCCGAGUCUCUCGAAUCCCGCUCUCCGAAAGCUCAAGGUCCACAACGACAGACCAGCAAGUUACAGAAACAGCCACCUGUCGAGGCAUCGUCUACGAAUGAAGUGCAGCAAGUAUCUGCCGGUCAGGAAGCUUCUAGCGACAAGAUCUCUCCGACGAAAGAGAACUUUGGCCCAUCAAUCCGCCAGGUUACGUCUUCGCAAAUGGAAGAUGUUCCAGAACCGCAACCCCUUCGUUUGCGCACUUCUGAGGCUGCUUCGAAGGAACAAACGAAGGUCGAUGUGGAUAUAUACUCUCCGAACAAGUCUAAUUUCAGUGCUUCUGUGCAACCGGCCGUGGAUCGGUCGAAACCAAGAGACACUGAACCGCGACAGGGCCCUAUGGCCCAGAUGGCGCCGAAACAGGCCGGACUCCGGGUGUCUCCGCCGCAACAUCCCCAAAAGGGACAGAGUGCCGCGCGGGUGUCACCGGUGGAUGUAUCGCCUAUAGACACCCAGUCAUCCACACAACCUCCUGGCCUAAUGGCCGAUACUUCGUCGCCGGAAGAGCAGCCUGUAUCCCCUCUGUCAUCGCCUUCUCCUGAACUUGUCGAGGCGCCCGAGUCUAAGCACGAAGAUGGAGCUCCCGACACCGCCCCCUCUUCAUCUGCCCCGACUCCUACGUGGAGCGAUGCUAGCCUGCUAUCCUACUUGGAAAAUGAGAAUGACAUCCGGGACUUGCUCAUCAUUGUUCAUGACAAGUCCAAUGUACCACCGGCCGGACCCGAUCAUCCUAUCACCGGUAGUCUCUUCAAGGAAGAAAGCAGGCGGCUCAAAGAGAUGUCUGGUCAACUUGAUGACCUGCUAGGGAAAUGGAUAUCCCGCAAGACUGAGAAGGUCGCGGUCAAAUAAAGUAUUCAGGAAGGUGCUUGAGAAAGCUCUUCUUGCAACGAAACGACAGCUAUUUGGAGCUGUUCAUGAUGAUUUUAUCCGAUGCGAACCGCCCAACUUUCUUUUCCUCCUUUCUUUCUUAACCUACUAUUUCACCUGGGCAUGCUUCGUUCCUACUUUUACCCCUUUUCAUUUCAGUUCUCUGACGGUUUGGACGUCCGGCUUCUUUGUUCAUUCCUCUAAAUAC